AUGCUGACUGGUCGCGGGCUGGAGAGGCUCCUGACAAAAUUGGUCCCCUGUGGCACAAAACUUAAGCACCACAGCAAUCUGGGUGACCAAAAGCUGUCUCAAGUAUCGGAGCAGACGCCAGAGCCACCACGGUCCCCGAGAUCGGGAGUUUCGGAGCCCCCCGUGGGUGAUAUGAGACUUUGGGGUCUGCGGCCUACGAGGGUGGAGAACGGGACGGACAGCCGCCGUCCUGUUCGGGAGCCUGGCUGCCACGCAGAAGCCUAG